AUGGUGAAAUUGUAUUUUCAGUUUAACGAUUGGGACCUCAUCCGACGUUCAAACGUCGACUGCGGCUACAAGAAGGUGCUCCGCUUCCGGAGUGCCAUCUACCCGGCGGUAAAGUCACGUGCUAUGACGUUGACGCCGGCGAAAGUCAGCCGACGGCCAAAGGGCACGCUCUCUGCGUCACUGUUAGAUUCUGGAGACCGCAACUCGUCCCUUAGUGGAAGUAUAGACCACUUCGAUCCGGAUCAAUUUUUCAAAGGAGAGUUUGAUUUCGAUGCAGAAGAGCCGGAGGAGCCACCCCUCUAUCCGCAUCUCGUUCACAAGCCGGGGACCUACGCCCAAGAAAUGUAUCUAAAGGCGUGCCGCCUCCAGGGCAUCACGCGGUCAGCACGCUGCUACAAAAUGCUCGCCGGUGAGGCCGUUGUGCUUCCUCGGCAGGGAUUAGGGCCCGACGACGUGAAGGCGUGUGCAAUUGCCCUAGCCGAGACGAUGAACAUUCAUACGCUGGACUUUACCGAAAACAUGAUCGGGACGAAAGGAGCCGAGUACAUCGCAUUACUUAUUACCGAAAACAAUUUCAUUAAGAAUUUGAAUCUUGCCGAUAACAAUCUUGGUCCCGAUGCCGUGAAACUAAUAGCAGACAGCGUAAAGAAAACUGACUCAUUGAGUUCCAUCAGCUUGGCGGGAAACGGUCUGAGUGGCACGCGCUGUGUUGCUGUUAAGUCCUUAAUCGAGGACUCGCUAAAUCUGAAAGUCCUUGACCUUUCCAACAAUGACCUUGGUGACGUAGGGGUUGAUAUUGUGGCUGAAUCGCUAGCAUUUAAUGACACCAUAGAACGGCUGGAUCUUGGUAACAACCAGGUGACCAACAUCACUAAACUUGCACAAACGUUGUCGAAAAACACAGGUUUAGUUCAGCUGAACUUGUCCUCCAACGGACUACAUGUAUCAGGGUGCCGAGACCUCGCAAGGGCAUUAGAGAAAAAUACUACUCUGAGGGAGCUAAAUCUCGCGAAAAACAGGAUCGACAGAGCCUGUCUGAACAAUCUGUUCGGAGGAUUGAAGAAAAAUGCAUUUCUCCGUGUCCUAAAGAUUGACUUCAACCCUCUUAACUCUGAAGACGCUAUGCACGUGUUAACAUUCAUCACUGAAAAUCCAGCCAUCGGCCUAUCACACAUUUAUAUGGAUAGUAUUGACGUUCAGGCCAACUUUGUGCAAACGUUGAAUACAUUGAAACAAGCACGUGAAAUUACCAUUACGUAUGGGAAAAUCAUCGGCACGGACCUUGGCAUACAUGAUCUGGACGAAGCUCUUGUUUUAGAAGCGACAGACUUUGUGGUAUUUGAAGAGCUUAGCAGGGUUAUUGGACUCGAUAUUGAGAAUUUUGUAAAAGAUCAAGGUUGA